GGCGGAGCGCGAGCGGGAACCGCCGACCGAGUAUGGCGGCGUCAGUGAUAUGGAGACGGUUUCUCGGCUUGUGUCUCAGAUCGCGUCUCACUUGCUUUCUCUGAACGGUCCGAGGAAGGUGCUGGAGAGCCGGAGGAUGGAGGACAAGGCGCUUGAGGUGUACGGGAACUGUUGCCGUGUCCUUGUUUCCUGUGGUCGUGUCCACGUUCCGCGUGCCGCAGACGUGAUCCGCACAAUUCGGGAUCCGGAAAAGCCGCAGACCUUAGAGGAGCUGGACGUGGUGUCGGAGAAGAGUGUGGAGGUCCAGGAAUUGGGGGAGGAAGAGUAUCUCAUCACCAUCAAGUUCUGCCCCACGGUGCCGCACUGCUCGCUGGCCACGCUCAUCGGUCUUUGUUUGCAAGUGAAACUGCAGAGAUGUUUGCCCUUUAAACACAAGUUGGAAAUUUACAUUUCUGAAGGAACACAUUCCACUGAGGAAGACAUUAACAAGCAGAUCAAUGACAAGGAGCGUGUUGCGGCCGCCAUGGAGAACCCGAACCUGCGGGAGAUCGUAGAGAGCUGCGUUACGGAGCCUGACGACUAAAUUGACCCCCAUGCUGGAGGAUGCAGCGCCAAGGUCCUGCCAUCCCAGCCGUCCGAACCCUGGAGCUGCAGACAACACCAAAUUAACACUCAGAGAUAAACUUCUGGAGGAGCUUGUGAGGAAAGGGAACAAAAUACUGAAACAGCCCUGGAAUGUUUCAAUACUUGCAAUGGAAAUGGCAUAGCAAUAACAUGUGAACUACUGGGUAUGGAUAUAACAAAUAUAAUUUGGGUUUCAGAUGGUGUAGGAACUGACCUGCAGGGUAUCCACUGCUUCCCCUGCUAACGAUAACUGUGCAAAGGGUAGAAACAGGAGGAAUGUUCUGGAAGCUGAGAGCUGAAAGAGUAAUUUCCCAUCUUACUUCUGUCGGUGACCAGAAAGUCAAGGGUUUCCAGUGUCCUCCUCAGGGGUCCUAGUCCUUCCUUUUGGGUGGGGACAAAAAAAAUGUAUGGAUUGUCUUGGUAAGGAGGCAGUGAUACUUUCCUGUGCUCUGCAGCCUGUGUGCACGUCAAACACGUGUGCAGUGUCUACUGUAUUAUUCCUGCCCGUGUGCUUGAUCUCUUCCACACACCAUUCGGUUCACUUUUCGAUGUUAUUUUUCAGACAUAGAAUGUCAAUGUAAUGCCUGAGAUUUGCUCAACUUUUAUAGAAAUGAACAAUAAAACCUUUAUGUCGUA